AUGUGCUCUCACCAAGACUCAGCGUAUCUGCUGAAGAAGGAGGCCCGAAACCAGAUUCGGGUCCACCAGCCUGGAGUCCUAGGGCGUCGCUACCUUUUAUGGUUCCACGCCCAGCCCAUCACCCUCUUCGCUGAGGAGACCUUUCUGCAUUCUCUCGCCUCGCGAGAUCCGGAGCUGAUCCUAUCUCUCCAAGCCCUGGUCUUACGAUGUCCGCCAGGGUCCCUCACGAGCCAGAUUAAACAGCAGGUGGAUGACCUCGCAAGAUCGGCCCGCCGCAUGGUCAUGGAGCGGGUCACGGAAGGCCGCGUCGAGCUGUCGACGUUGCAGUCGCUAUGUCUCUUGAGCAUGUUUGAUUUCGCUACUGGCAACGUUAUGCAGUCUGGGCUCAGCAUUACCACCGCAAGCCAUCUCGCGCACAGUAUCCCACCAACAAACAACCCCAAUAACGCUCAAGAAAGGAACUACUGCCUCCGCACAAUCAUCGUCCUCCAGCAUCUCCAGGGCUGCAUAAUGCCCGCCCCGCGACUCAUGAGUGCCCUUCCGGGCUCUUCCUCCACCAACAGCGGCUCCCACGUUCUGGGUCUCACUGCAUACUGCGGGAUCCCAGAGUACAGCCUCGACGACAACCCAGACAAGAACAUUUCCACCGUCGCCUCCGAUUUCUGCGUCGUCUGGAGAAUGGUCCGCGUCUACGCCUCCUCCAAAGUCAGCCCCGACGCGCCCCCGCCCUGGGACUCCCGCUCCGACUACUCCAUGGUCCUGCAGAGUCACCACGACAUUGACUGCCGCGCGCCACAGAGAUUCCGCUUUGCCACAAAUAGAAUUGACCAGCAGAGCCCCGAGUCUCUACAGGCACAGCGACAAUACUGGAUUCCAUUCCUCUUCAGCCAGUUCGUCCACGAGACUAUCCCGUGUCUCCUGAACCACCCAUUCCUGCUGUCCAUGCGCUUGCGGCAUUUUCGACAUACCAUACCCGUACAUUUCAUCCAGCAGUCGUUUGAGAGCAUGAACCGGACUGCUGGCUGGAUCAUCUUCUUCUUGGACGUCAUUGAGAAGAAGUCACUACCGGUCAUGGAUCCCGUCAUGGCACACUGCGUCGUUAUCGUGGCGACGAUCCAUCUACAGCAUAGUUUCGUCCAUGACCAGGUACUCAGGAGCAGAGCAAAAUCAGGUUUCGAAAAGUGUAUGAACUUUUUGCGGAAAACUGGAGCCGUCUGGCCAAGCGUCGCCAACAUGGCAAGCAACCUUCGACGUCUCCAAGACAGCGUCGUGAUGAAAUCGCCCCCCGAUCGCGGCGACAACACCUCCCAAAACCGCUCCUUCUCCAUAAACACCCAACUCCUCUGGGACCUCCUCAUCUACGACCGCGCAUGCCGGCCCGACGCAGGUUGGGACCAGUCCAUGUUCGGCGCCACCCUCCGCUCCGACGCCCGCGAGCUGUCCACCGAGACGGGCGCAGCCGAAUUUGACCUCGUCGGCUCAGCCGGCAUCUCUGGUCACAAGGCUGUACCCAAUGACGUGGGCGUGUAUGCUCCCAAUGAUGAUAUCGCGCCGGUGACGUCGAUUGCGGAACAGGCCCCAACGACGUCUUCGUCUCAUUUGGUCGGGCAGGGGCUCGGGGAUAUGGGGCCUUCGUUUGAGGAUAUCUUUUUCGAGGGCGUGGGACCUUUUGGGGAUCAGUCGAAUCGGUUUAUUGAGGCGAAUGAUUAUGGGAGAGCGAUUGAUGAUUGGUUGAAUCUUGAGAAUUAG